CUCACAACCACUCAACGUUAACCCUUGAAUCGAUUCACCUUCCUUACGGGGGAAAAUCUCAAAUUUUAAAAUUACAGAAACUUCCAAAAAACCCAAAAAGUCAGAAAUAUUGAAAAUUAAAAAAACCUCUCCUUUGAAUUGAAGACGAACCGUUUUCUCGUUGAUUCCUCCUCUUCUCCUCUCCCAUGGAUGAACCCGUUCCGGAUCCGGAUCCCGGGUCUUACCCAAUUCCCCCCGCUUCAGUCCAUCUCUCCCCUUUCUCCUCUCUCGUUCCGCCGCAUCUGUCCUCAACUCACUUCACCCGUCGUUGUCAGCCUCUACAAUCGUCUCGGCGUCCAGCUUACAUCUCUCUCCAAGGUUUACUCGUCAAUUCCGAUGUAGCCAGCUCAGCUCGGUCAAUCGGUGGCGGAUUGACCCGAGAUGAAGCCCUCGCGUGGGAGCUCUUUACGCCUUACCAGAGAUUCCUGAUUGUGGCCGUCAUUGGUGUCGCCACCGCUGAGUCGAAGAAGAAUGGUGUGAUUCGACAGCUCCAGAAAUCUGUUGAUCUUAGGGAUCAGGUUCUCUCAAGCAUGCAACAAAAGCUUGACGAUUUGUGUCAACAGCUAAAUCUUGUCAAGGAUCAGUCUGCGGCUGGAUCCAAGGUCUCAGAUCAUGAUGCUCUACAAUCCACUCUUAAAGAAAAGUUUGGAUCUGAGAGGAUUAAUUUUGUAGAUUGUGGCUGCUGGCUGUGUGAUCAACAUCUUCAUUCGUCACCUGUUGUUGUUAUACAGGAUAAAGCUCCUACAAAUCCGGUGAUUGACACAGAGCCGGAGGAAAGGCGUAUGUCUUACAUGUCAGAUUGGUGUUCCAGUGUCACUUCUGCUGCAGAAACCCAUUUUGAUAGUCUUUCACUCGACCAAGACAUGCUUUCUCUCAGGAAGGAGUGUCAAGAGAAAGAUGCAACAAUAAAGGACUUAACUUCAUUUCUUCAAUCGACCACCAAAGCUAGUUCAAAACGAGAAACGGAGCUUGAAGAGAUUAUUCUCAGGAAGAAGACAAUAAUUAAGAAGCUCAAGAGAGACGUGCUGGUGUUAGAAGAAAAGGUCACACAGCUCACUAGGCUCCGGAGGUCCUCCUAUUCAGCUGCAGUCUCAAAUACCCAUGAAUUCCCAAUGAGAAUGGACAAUCUUCUUUAUGAUAUGGAUCUUCUUACAACCUCUUCAUCCUCUGAUUCGGAAGCUACUGUAGACACACCCCAGCGUGCUUUACCAAAGGCUCCAGUUGAUUUCAUGAGGGAGGAACUCUCAGCUGUAGGACUAACCCAUAACUCAGCCCCAGCUAAAUCCUCAACAUCACUUGUGAAAUCUGUAAAGCCGCCUUCGGUAGUUAGUCCAUCGACUACUAGGAAGCCUGUUUCAGUUUCUUCUUCUUGUUCUUCUUCUUCUUCUUGUUCUUCUUCUUCUUCUUCAAGGCUGAGACGGGGUUCCUCUACAGGUGAUUCAAAGAAACCUAGAAGGCCAAUUCAGACCACUGCAAGAGAUGCCUCUGGUUCGCUUAAGAGAUGGGUUUAGUAAGUAUUGGUCUGCUGGUAAGUAUCAGUACCAGUUCUGAGAAAAAAGCCAUUGAAUAGAACCUGUUUAAAAUACGUCUGAAGUGCUGAACCAGAACCAGCUGUUAGUGUAAGUAGGUGCUUCAGAAUCUAAAGUUAUAUUGUAGCUAAAAGUAUAAUAUACCAUCAAGUUAUUUGUUUUGAGAAUCUUGACUUCAUAUCAAAAGCUCUCAGUUGGGUUUAAUUGA